AUGAUCUCGGCCUUCACGUUGAACUUUGUACUUAGUUGGUAUAACGGUCGGAGUGGAUGGUUAUCUUGGAACGGUCUAGCUAACUUCGGCGUGUUUGAGAAUAAGAACUACAAUAUCUGGGAAAUACCUUUCUUUCUCGCUGUUGGGGUCAUUGGAGGUCUCACUGGUGCUUUAUUUAAUCACCUCAAUAUGAAGCUGACGCAGUUUAGGAAGAAAUACGUGUCAAGUAAAUGGAGACGCUUGGUAGAAUGCUUCCUGGUAGCGGCUAUGUCUGCAUUUACUGGUUUUGUCACUCUUUUUCUUGUGGAUGACUGCCAACCGGUUGGGGUUAAUCCGAACAUAACCGAAGUUAACCAGAUGUGGUGCAAGAAAGGCGAGUACUCGGCUGUGGCCAAACUUUUCUUCCAAAAUCCAGAGGAGAGUGUAAAGGCCCUAUUCCAUAGUCCAGUUAAUUCUUUUCGACCUUGGACUUUGCUAAUCUUUUCCGUAGAGUAUUAUCUGCUAACAUUAUGGACAUUUGGGCUUUCGGUACCAGCUGGAGUAUUCAUUCCUGCGCUUCUGACGGGUGCCGCUUGGGGUCGUCUCUUUGGAAUUGGUGUUGGAAGAGUAUUCCCAAGCAUUGUACGCUACAUUUUUUCUUGUAUUGACCCAGGCAAAUAUGCACUAGCUGGAGCAGCUGCGCAGUUGGGAGGUCUUGUUAGGAUGACCAUAUCUCUUACUGCAAUCAUCAUGGAGGCUACAAAGGCUGGUGAUAUAACCUUUGGUCUUCCAAUCAUGUUAGUGCUCAUGGUCACAAAGUGGGUCGGUGACAUGUUCAAUGAGGGAUUAUACGAUAUCCAUAUUGACAUCCAGGAGGUUCCCAUCUUAGGCUGGCAUCCACCCAAAGUUAGCCGGAAUAUAUUAGCAGAGUAA